AUGGCAGCUCGCCUGAAAACACCACACCGCACCACCACUCGUCAGCCGCGAGAGAACCUGCCAUCCUCGAGCCAUGGCGCUGAGCGCGGCGGUGGCUCGACAGCAUGGGCUGGUUGGCGGUGGGACACCCUCAAACAACUCAGCCAUCAGCGAAAUCAGCCGUACGUUUCAGAACACCAGUGCGGUUGGACCAACACGUGUCCACCUUCCCUCUGCAUCACCAACCCCGAUGUUUCCCAGUCGCAUCGAGAGUCCAGACAACCGCUCUGUCAUGCUGCUUUGCGCGUAGUCGGCAAUGAUCCUCUCUUCCUUCUGCUCCCACUCCCAACAUGCACCUCGGACGCUCUGGGCCGCCCUACCGAGCUCGCGCUCACCUCCUUGCUGAGACAACUAGGUACACUGGAGGAUCGUGGCUCUUGUUUCACCGUGCUGAGCGGGUACCUGGGCACCUGGCGCUCGGGAGUGGUCCUACCGCCUCAGGUCCCACCAGUCACAUGA